AUGGAUCUCCAGCCUCCUCAGGAGCCUACUGAGAUGCAAUGGUUGAGGAAGAACUUCUGGCUCAUCAUAGCUGUGACCAUCAUCACUGUCUCCAUGGUCCUGGGUCUUCUCCUGGCCUGCAUCUGUAGGUGGCUGCUUAGACGAGACAAGACAUUGGAAAUUGCCAAGAGCUUGAAACAAAAACGAAGAGAAGAAAUGGUGUAUGAGAAUGUUUUUAAUCAACUGCCAGCUCAAUUACCCCCUCUGCCACCCAGGCGUCUGCUCUCUCCAAAAGAUGCCUCCUCACAGGAAACUCCAGGGCAGCCACCAGCUACGUAUUCAUUGGUAAAUAAAGUUGGACAAAAGGAGACAGUUUCCACUCCAAGUUAUUUUGAGCCUGAAGAUGACUAUGACGAUGUUGAAGUCUCUACAAAUAUGUUUAGCCGAAGGAGCUUCAGCGAUGGGAUGACAGCAGCCAGAGGAAAGACGCUGGUGCUCAGCCCUGAAGACUGA